GUGGAUGACGUCAGUUUGUUUAAUCGUCGUCUGGAUUACGAAUUUUUUCUUACUCAUGAGCCCGUCGAUGGAAACUUCGUGUACAGGAAUGUUCGAGAAAACUGCUUCCGUUUGCGCCUUGAUCCGGGUCGUUACGUCGUCCUCCCUACCACCUUCGCUCCAAACGAAGAAGCCGAGUUUCUUCUUAGAAUAUAUGCGAAAAAUCCAUGUGCAAGGUCUGUGGAAGCACGUAUUCGCAUUCCGACUGUGGAACUGAACGUGAAGACCGACGAAGAAUGGGAAACGAUGGUUAAAAAUGAAAUACUUACAUUUACUUCCGGAAAUCACGAAGUGGAUACUACCACCCUCUUCCAGCUUUUACAGACGUGGCUACAUAGUAAGGAAAUAAUGACGGUUGUACUUUAG